AUGGCUGAUUCAGGAGAAAGGGGUCAAUACAGUGACAAAAGGACAAUCUUUUUUCGAGUUUUGGUGCUAGUGUUCAUCUUCUUGGCAAGACUGAGAUUCCCAAAAUGCAAAUCUAUUGCUCAAGUGAUUAGAGAUCGAUAUGGUGAAUCCUGUGUUAAAGUAUUGAGACGAUUUGAGAAAUCAGACUUUAAACUCAGAAAAGCCAAACUUGAUUUGGAUUUUCUCUGUUAUUGUCGUGACAACGAUUUAGUGCCUAAAUUCUUACAUUUUCGGUUAGCUAAUCGAGGAUUACAAAAUUCUAACUCUUAUAAACAAUGCCAAAGGAAUCUCCUGAAGGAAGAAAUUCAUCAAAAGACAUCCCGAAUCCACGUGUUGGAAAAUGGAUUUGAUUUACUCCAUUCGUGUUUGAAAGAAAGAUUGAGUGUCAUUGACCUUGCACACGUUUGUUCGAUUUUUCUUGGAAGUAACGACCGUAUUCUUAAAAAGCAGGAAUUAAUUCAAGAUAAGAAGAUUGCGAACUUGAAAAGAUUAAAACCACCUACUAAUGAUGUUGCCACUGUUAUUUUUAAUUUUUCAAAACAUAUCUUAACUGAUUUUGAGAAGUCAUUGCUUGUUAAAGGUUUAAAUUUUUCUGUACCUCCUCAGUCUCUUAAUUAUGGUGACUAUCUCGUGAAUUAUGAAACUCUUUUCAGGGAUAUACGGGGUAUCAAUUUACUUAAUAAUGAGGAUCUUGACUUCGUCAAAACGAGGAUUAAAGAUGUGGCAUUAUCUACUUAUCGUUCUUAUAACGAUAAAGUUGACAAAGACAUCUACAACAACAGAAUGGAAGAAAUUCUAUCUGACAGCAGCAAAUUUAGAAAGCUUAGUCUACCAUCUGAUAAGCUUUUGAAUUUUACCAUUGGUCAAGAGAGAAAGAUUACCAAUAUUUAUAAGGCUCUCUUAAAAUCUGGCGGGCUGAGUGAAGCCAAUUACAAUAAAUUUCGCCCUGUAGGCUCCAAACCUGGUAUACUUUAUGGGCUUUGCAAGGUCCAUAAAAAGUGUAUUAAUGGAUGUCCACCCUUUAGACCUAUCUUAUCUGCUAUUGGUAUACCGGUCUAUAAGUUAGCUAAGUUUUUUGUCCCUGUGUUAUCUAAUGUCACGAAAAACGAAUAUACAGUUCAUGACUCAUUCUCCUUUGCCGAAGACAUCAUUCAACAAGAUGGCAGUCUCUAUAUGGCCAGCCUUGACAUUGACUCUUUAUUUACCAACAUUCCGUUAAAUGAAACGAUAGAAAUAUGUACCAACCUGGUCUUUGAUCAAUGUGAUAGGUGUCAAGGUCUAACUAGAAGUGAGUUUAAAUCUCUUUUAGAGCUAGCUACCAAGGAGUCAUAUUUUAUUUUUAAUGACAAAAUUUAUCAACAAAUUGAUGGAACGGAAAAGAACAAUAAAUUAUCUUUCCUUGACAUAUCCAUUACUCGCGAUGUGGACCGAAAGUUUAUUACAUCCAUAUAUAGAAAGCCUACUUUUAGCGGAGUGUACACGCACUUCGAUAGUUUUAUUCUUGAAAGCUAUAAAUUCGGCUUAAUUUAUACUUUGCUUCAUCGUUGUUUUAAAAUUUGUUCAAGUUGGUCAAUUUUCCAUCAUGAGGUUAUUAGAAUCAAAGAUAUCUUUAUUCGAAAUGGUUAUCCAGAACUAUUUAUUGACAAGGUAAAACCAUCUUUACAAACGAGAACGAAGUUAGAAAAACUUUUUAAAUCUACUUUGCAUUGUUGUAAACUUUCUAUUGUUUUCAGAACUCACACUCGCUUAUCUAACUUCUUCAGAUUUAAAGACCUGUUGCCCAAAGAAUUAAAGUCAGGCGUCAUUUACAAAUAUAAGUGCAGUGGCUGCAACGCCACUUAUAUAGGUGAGACGUCGUGUCAUCUUAAGGUUCGGGCAAGCGAGCACCUCGGAGUGUCUCCCUUAACAGGUAAGAAAUCAACCUCAUCUAUUUGCACGGCAAUUAAAGAUCAUCUUAAAGCCUGUCACACCACAUCAUCUCUUGACGAUUUUAGCAUACUCUCUAGAGGUAACAACCGGUAUUUGCUAGAGAUUAAAGAGAGUUUGUUCAUAAUGCGGGAUAGUCACUAG